CAUGUCUGGAACUGUGGAAGCCGGCUUUUUUUCUGUCGACGAUUAAAACGCACUGAUUCCUCAAAAAACUAAAAAAGAUAAUACCGCAAUCGUUUCGAAUUAGAUGAGCUCAUUGUUUAGUCGAUUCAUAAGUGUGAUAAUCCCGAAGGUUGCACAUCACAUUAGCUCGCAGUCACCGUUUUUGUACAGUCGUAUUUUUGUUGUCCGGAUUCCGCCAUCUUGUUUCGUCAGCUCUUUCUCUUCCCUGAAGCCAGAUCUCAAAAUGCCAGAGAAGCAACCCAAGCCGUUUGAUCGUCUGCCAGGCAAUGUCAUCCCCAAGAACUAUGCGCUGCGUCUUCAACCAGACCUUGCAAAAUUCACCUUUCAAGGAUCGCAGGAAAUCACUGUUGAUGUGAAAGAGGAAACCCAAACGGUGAUACUGAAUUGUGCAGAUAUCAAAGUACUUGGAGCUAAAUUUGGAGAUGCCUCUGCAGAAUUAUCUUACGAUAAAGAAGAUGAGAAGCUCAGCCUGACCUUUCCAACAAAAAUCCCAGUAGGAUCCGGAACCCUGUCUAUGAGUUUCACUGGAGAGUUGAACGACAAGAUGAAGGGGUUCUACCGCAGCAAGUACACGACACCAAAAGGUGAAGAGUGCUACGGCGCCGUCACGCAAUUUGAGUCCACAGAUGCUAGAAGAGCUUUCCCAUGCUGGGACGAACCUGCUGUUAAGGCCACUUUUGAUGUGACCUUGGUCGUGCCAAAAGAUAGGGUCGCGUUAUCUAAUAUGCCGGUUAAGUGUGAAGCAGCCAUGGACGGUGAUUCCAACCUGAGAGUUGUCCAGUAUGACCGUACGCCCAUCAUGUCAACCUAUCUGUUGGCAUUUGUAGUGGGCGAGUAUGAUUUCAUUGAAGACAAGGACGCAGACGGCGUACUGGUACGCGUCUAUACCCCUGUUGGAAAGAAGGAACAGGGGCGAUUUGCACUUGAGGUUGCUGUCAAGACGUUGCCAUUUUACAAGGACUACUUCCAGAUUGCCUAUCCUCUGCCAAAAAUGGACCUGAUUGCUAUUGCAGAUUUUGCUGCCGGUGCCAUGGAGAAUUGGGGUUUGGUGACCUACCGAGAGACGGCACUUCUGAUUGAUCCCGCCAAUUCAUCUUCCUCAACUCGACAGUGGGUGGCGCUGGUGGUAGGACAUGAGAUUGCUCACCAGUGGUUUGGAAACUUAGUGACAAUGGAAUGGUGGACCCAUCUGUGGCUGAACGAAGGUUUUGCCUCCUGGAUCGAAUACCUCUGCGUCGACCAUUGCUUCCCCGAAUAUGACAUCUGGACCCAGUUCGUCUCGUCAGACUUCACCAAAGCCAUGGAAUUAGACGCCCUCCGCAAUAGUCACCCUAUUGAAGUCCCUGUCGGUCAUCCGUCGGAAGUUGAUGAAAUCUUUGACGCCAUUUCGUACAGCAAAGGCGCAUCUGUUAUUCGGAUGCUUCAUGACUACAUCGGAGACAAGGAUUUCCGCACUGGCAUGAACCAGUACAUAUCUAAAUGGAAGUACAAGAAUGCUCAGACCCCAGAUCUUUGGAAAGCACUGGAGGGUCCCAGCGGCAAGCCUGUUGGUGAGGUCAUGAAGACGUGGACAAGUCAGAUGGGCUUCCCCGUUCUGAAGGUAUCGCAGAGACAAGAUGGUGACAACCGGGUCCUGACGGUCACUCAGGAGAAAUUCUGUGCGGACGGAAAGUGUCCAGGUGGUGACUUCAAGUGGAUGGUGCCUGCCGGAAUCUGUACUGCCUCAAGUCCCGACAAGCCUGUCUUAACCUUCAUGUUAGACAAGGAGACGGCCGAAGUCACCAUCCCAAACGUCAAACCAGGUGAUUGGGUGAAGCUGAAUUCUGGAACAGUGGGAUUCUUCAGGACGCGCUACGACAGUGACAUGUUGGAUUUGCUUUUGCCUGCGGUGCAGAAUAAGACACUGCCGCCAAGAGAUAGACUUGGACUGCAGAACGAUCUCUUUGCCUUAGCCAGAGCUGGCGUCGCCCCGACUGUUGACUUCCUGAAAUUAGCCAUGGCGUACAAGGACGAGGACAACUACACCGUGUGGAGCGACCUCUCGAGCAACCUCUCGUCGCUCAGCGUCAUCCUACAAUACACCGAAUACUAUGACCAUUAUCAAGCAUACAUCAGGGAUCUGUUCAAACCAAUUGGGGCCAAGUUAGGCUGGCUACCAAAGCCAAAAGAAGGUCACCUUGACGCACUGUUGCGGAGUCUCGUCAUUGGUCGUCUGGGGAGAAACGGUGAGGCUGAAUACAUCAAAGAGGCCCAGAUGAGGUUUGAAAAACAUUUCGACGAGAGUGACACAUUACCAGCUGAUUUUAGAGGACCAGUUUACACAACCGUCUUGACGCAUGGAAAGGAAGAACACUUUGAGAAGAUGCUGAAACUGAUCGAGCGAUCGGACAUGCAGGAGGAGAAAGUGCGCAUCAUGAGGUCGUUAGGAGCCGUCAAGGAUGAGAAACUGAUCCAGCGGGUACUCGAAUUCGCCAUGUCGAAACAAGUGCGUUCCCAAGAUGCCGUGUUUGUGGUGGCGGGCGUGACUGGGUCUGUGCUCGGGCGCGAGAAGGCGUGGAAGUUUGUCCAACAGAGAUGGGAGGAGUUCUUAACUCGAUACAAGGGUGGAUUCCUCCUUUCCAGGCUUGUGAAGUCGACAGCGGAAAGUUUCAUCACGGAAGAACGAGCGCUAGAAGUGGAGGCAUUCUACGAGAAAAACCCGGCGCCUGCAGCGGAGAGAACGAUCCAACAGGCCAUAGAAAAUAUCCGUCUGAACGCCCAGCAGCUCAAGCGAGAUUCGGAGGCAAUGCAAACAUAUCUGCAAGAAUGGAAGUAGACUGUUAAGAAAUUACAAUAAACCAGGGAGACUUAAGUUAAUUAGCAAAGACAUUCAUAUCAAUCGACAACAACAAUGGAGAAACUGUGGAUAAAAUCAAUGGAAUCAUGAAUAUCGGAUUAUUCAAUGCGACUUUGUGACGGAUUUGGCCCAUGGUCUAUGAUGGGCACGUGUUGCAAUAGUCAUAUACAAAACAGAUUACCCACCAACUUGUCAUCAUGUAAACAACCCCAGCAUAAAUAGGUCAUUAUGUGCUAAAAUAAUGUUAAAACGUGCUAAGUUAUGUUUUGAUAAGUAUUGUUGUAGAAUUUUUUCUGAUCACUGAUUUUGUGAUCAUAUAGUGUAUCCUAUGUUCUGUGAGCAUCAAACUUGGAUCCUUUUGAAAUGGAUGAUUUGUCAAGUCCUUUUCCGAUCAGACUCCGUGAUACAAUAUCAGCAAGGUACCAGGAAAACCACAGGUGGCGCUGGUGAUGGUAAAAACGUCUGUCGCAGAAACGAAUUUGAUAAUCUUGAAACAUUGGGCAAACUAAAUAAAAAGGUUUACACUUUUCUGUUCCUUCUUUCUGAUAUUGCUUCACCAGGGUUCGUAAAUAGCUUUCUUAAUUUAUGCUAUGUUUGUGUCUGUACAGGUGUACCAUUGAAAUGUUUCAGCAAAAAUCAUCGUGUUGUUCACAUAUAGUGUGGAAGGGCAAUAUUGCAUGUCCAUUGAAAUGUUUCAGGAAAAAUCGUGUUGUUCACAUAUAGUGUGGAAGGGCAAUAUUGCAUGUCCAUUGAAAUGUUUCAGCAAAAAUCAUCGUGUUGUUCACAUAUAGUGUGGAAGGGCAAUAUUGCAUGACCAUUGAAAUGUUUCAGCAAAAAUCAUCAUGUUGUUCACAUAUAGUGUGGAAGGGCAAUAUUGCAUGACUCAUAGUUUAUUAAGUUUUAGACCCCCCUAUUCAAUUCAGACAUCAUCAUUCCUGGAAGAUAAACUCAUUGCGAUUUUGGGAGCAUCUUUUUUAUUGGUACACCCUGUAUACUCAUAUUUGUUGACAUCACAUUCCAUAGUUGCCUUGAAAAUGAAUGUGACCACCAGUCACAUGACUGCUUUUUUCACUGUGCUUGGCUAAGCUUCUUCUGGACAUACGAUGUGUCACGUAAAUUAUUCAAAAUUAAUAAAAUUUGUUUCAACAUGAA